AUGAGCUCCAUACAGAAAGCCGCAUUGUCGUGCGCCGACCUCGCACAAUCUCACCCCAUUCUUGCGUCGGCGCUACUUGGUAUCGGCUCCCUGACCCUGUUGAAGUUUGUUUUGCGGACCUUGUUCGUGUUUCUGCAAACAUUCGUCUUGCCCGGGCAGAAUAUCAAGCGGUUCGGAGCGAAGGAGGGUGCAUGGGCGGUGGUCACGGGAGCAUCAGACGGCAUUGGGAAAGAGUUCGCGUUCCAGUUAGCCAAGGCUGGUUAUAACGUGUUGUUGGUAGCAAGAAAUAAGAGUCUGCUCGAUGCAACGGCUUCGGAAAUAAGCACCAUGUUUGCUGUCAAGACUCAAGUUUUCACUAUCGAUUUCUCCAAGAAUGACUCGAGCUCAUACGACAAUUUUACCAAAACCGUCGAGGGUUUAGAUGUCGGCGUACUCGUGAACAACGUUGGGAAAUCACACUCCAUGCCUGUGUAUUUCGUGGACACGCCCAAAGACGAGAUGGACGACAUUGUGACAAUCAACAUCAAUGGAACUUUGCGCGUUACCUAUUCGGUUCUUCCAGGAAUGAUUCAGCGCAAGCGUGGCCUUAUCCUGAACAUCGGUUCUUUUGCUGGAGCAAUUCCUUCUCCGAUGCUUGCCACAUACUCUGGCACGAAGGCGUUCCUCACGACUUUUACAAGCGCUCUUGCCGAAGAAGUCAAGGCCCACAAUAUUGUUGUUGAGCACGUCAAUACGUACUUCGUGGUCAGCAAGCUUUCCAAGAUUCGCAAACCCUCGGCAUUUAUACCCUUGCCAUCUUCGUAUGUGAAGACAGUCCUCUCAAAAAUAGGCCUCGCUUGUGGAGCCAUUGGAAGCGGACGACCUAAUACAUCGACGCCUUACUGGACUCAUGCCAUUAUGGAUUAUGCUCGAACAGUCAUUGGAAUUCCCAGCUUGUUCAUUGGCUACACCCAUGGUCUGCACAAAGAUAUUCGAAAACGCGCAUUGAGAAAAAUGGAGCGGGAUGCUAAAAAGCAGUAG